GUGAAUGCAGCGUUUCCCAUUGACCAGGCAUCCCUUCCGGUAGAUGAGGUCAACUUUUCCCUAGAUCCGCCAUUUCAGUCCCGGAGUUUCUUGUUGCACAUUAGUUUUGAUUUAUUUAUUUUUUGUCAUUUUUAACGCGUAAGCUGUUGACUCUGGGGUUCCUGUGGGACAACAGAAGUCCCGUUGACUUAAACACCUUGACAUUACUCGUGGAAGUUACUUAAAUUUGCGGUAUUAUACCGUUUUUGGGGGGUUUUCUUUUUUCUUCGGGGGGCAGCGUUAGUCAACCAAAGUUUUUGUAUGAGUUGCAGAUAGGGAGAGGCGAAGGGGAAAGGCCUCAAGCCUCGGACAGGAUUUCACAACCAUGGCCGGUAAUUUUGAUGCCGAAGACCGUGCUAGCUGGUACUGGGGGAGGCUAAGCCGUCAGGAAGCGGUGUCUCUCUUACAGGGACAGAGGCAUGGCGUUUUCCUGGUGAGGGACUCCAUCACCAGCCCCGGUGACUACGUGCUGUCCGUCUCAGAGAACUCCAAAGUGUCCCAUUAUAUAAUCAACAGCAUCAGUAACAACCGGCAAUCUGGCUCAGGUUUGGCUCCUCCUCGGUUUCGAAUCGGCGAUCAGGAGUUCGAGGCGCUGCCGGCCCUACUAGAGUUUUAUAAGAUCCACUACUUGGACACCACCACCCUCAUAGAGCCCAUAAGCAAGGCAAAGCACACAGGAUUCGUCAGCUCCUCUGCUGGCGUCCCGCAGCAGCCAGAGGAGGCGGAGUUCGUACGGGCGCUAUUUGACUUCCCUGGCAACGAUGAGGAGGACCUCCCCUUCCGCAAGGGCGACAUCCUGCGCGUGCUGGAGAAGCCGGAGGAGCAGUGGUGGAAUGCUGCUAACCAGGAGGGCCGAGCCGGAAUGAUCCCCGUGCCCUACGUGGAGAAGUACCGGCCUGCCUCGCCCACUGCUGCCGGCCUGGGUCCCUCUGUUGUGGGGGCUGGACAGGGGGGGCUUGUUGGAGGGGUAGUAGGCAACACAGACGGAACGGGGGUCCCUCUGGCCAACCCUCUGGGAGAUCCAGGCCAGUACGCUCAGCCUGUAGUCAACGCCCAGCUGCCUAAUCUACAGAACGGGCCCGUCUAUGCCCGAGCCAUUCAGAAGAGGGUGCCCAACGCCUAUGACAAGACGGCACUGGCUCUGGAGGUGGGUGACAUGGUAAAAGUGACCAAGAUCAACGUGAACGGCCAAUGGGAGGGCGAGUGCAAGGGCAAGCGAGGCCACUUUCCUUUCACCCACGUUCGACUGUUGGAACAACACCACCCCGAUGACGAGAGCUGAGAAACACACGCACUCCCAUCACCUCGACAGUGUCCAGCACAUCCCUUCUCCUUCGGUCAUUUUGUCAUGCUCGGAAAGAAAAAAAGAUUUAUUCAAGCACACAGCUUAUGAACCUAUGAGCUAAACCGGUCAGACACUCCUGACUCCGCCAAUGCAAGACGUGUUGGGUGAUCUUACCUAAUGUCCUUUUGAUGAGUUUACACUAAGGUCAGACUGAUAUCGGUCUGCCUAUAUUAGCUUAUUUUAAAGCCAUUAUUUCACACCGCCGCUGUCGGCUUCCUCCUUGACUACAGCCUCUUUAAAAACAUGCAAUUAAAUAUUUCUUGUAUUCAGAUAAAUAGCAGCAUUUAUUGAUUUAAUAUUUAUUAAUGCUACAUUUUAAAGGAAUGCAGAAUCACAGGUGAAGACAUAUUAGCAUCCAGUACAGAUAGAAAUGUGUUUUAGCUUCGCUCAGCUCCACAACUGAAAACAGUUAGCCUGAGUCAAGAGAAGAGAAUAUGGCAACAACUCCAAAGCAUCUUUAUUUAGUUCUUAUAAUGUUUAUUGGACAGGUGUAGUUAUGAGACACUGUUUUAGGGCGCCUUCACACCUGACCUGCUUCGUUCAAACAAAGUCUGGUUCGUUUGCUUCAGUUAAUUUUGGCUGAAAGCGAAAGAGACGGCUUGAGAAGUUUGAUUUCAGUGCAUUUCUACGACAGCUCUGGCGCACUUGUUGGUGGUUUGAAUGCAAAGCGGAACCAACCACAGGAUUAUUAGAUGUGAAUUCAAAGCGCAACAACUUUUUAAAUCCAUCUGCUGACUGGAAACUUAAGAUGGUCUCCUCAGCGGUCUGCAUGAAUAAUAUAAUUAAUCUGGUAACCAUGCCGACGUGAGUAUGGCACCUUCAAAAUGAGUUAAAUCAGAGGUGCGUUGUGCUCGGGACGACACUGUAAAUAUGGUCCUGUAAUGUUACAGCACGAGACACCUCCACCUUUUUGUCUUGCUUCUACCUGUUCAGCAUUAUUUAAUGUUUAGAACCAUUUAUUUCUCUUUGUGCCACCAAAUAUGUUCAAUCUAAGAGCCCAAUGACAGAAAUUUGAUUUCCCUUCUGUCCAUGUCGCGUUGACGAUGUAGUGUGACACCAAAACUGUCCAAUCAAUGACUUACCUUAAGGUCGACAGCUUUCUGCUCAUUUACAAUAAGGCAUUGUGAGCAGGAAAUGAACCAGCACCAAAAGGCAAUAAUGUUGAAUUCUUUCUCUUCGGUCCAGACCGAAUGAACCAAACUGCAGGUGUGAAAGCGUCCUUCAGCACAGUUAGAUGCCGGAGCUAUUUCUUGAUGAGCAACCAGUGGUGACAGUGCAGUGUCUGCAUUCAAUACCAGUGACUAACCCCAAAAGACUUAAAUCAGGAAAAAGGAAUAAAAGUCUGUGGGAAACUUUCAGUGGAAAAGAGAAGUUCAAUUUAAAUAUUAGCAAAAUGUCUGUCUCCAAAAUGGACAGCAUUAAACACCAGUAACCGAUAUCAGUCGAGCCCUAGUUUACACACCUCCAGCCCAGUAUUGAAGUCUGCGUCACACAUACAGAGUCGACCUACUCUUUGCCUUCCUGUGGUGUCUGUGUAUCCCCACCCACUACAUCUCAUUCACACACAGAAGGGGAAAGAAAAAAAAAAUCGAUCGCGCACAGGAGACGAAACACUCAGCUUCUCUCACGGAAUCAUGAAUCAGUGAGUUUUUGUAGUGCUAGACUGUGAACGUCGGAGUGAAAUGAGCAAAGACUUCCUGAUAACUCCGUCUUGCGGAGAAGGACGGUCCUCCUCGCCAAGACGACUUCACCUACUUAUUCCCACACUACAAACCAAGUCCUCUUUUUUUUUUUUUGUACUAAAAGUGGAAAAUAUUAUGAUAGAAUUGACUAUAUAUAUACACACCUUACAUGCUAAAUACUGUAAACAUUUUCUCCUUCCUUUAUAUUUUCUUUUACUUUUUGUUACAAGGGACUAUACACCUAUUAUUAUUUUAUGUUCCUCUUUUGAAACACUAUUCAGCGCCAACAUGGAUGACUUCAAGCAGCAGCGUGAAAGGAACUAAAUAAGCACCCUUCAGGGAGGAAGAAGAAGAUCCUCUAAUGUGGAGAAAAGCUUUUGUCUUCCAGCAGGAUGUUUCUGUUGUCAUUCAGAGAUGCUUUUCACCCUAAAACACUAAUGCCAUUUUUAUGUAUAACCGGUAAGACAUUUUGUCACUGUAUGACAUGCUGUCAUGGUCAUUUUCUGUAGGUUUGUUUCUCAUCCGCCUUUCCCACAUGCUAUUAUUACACACUAAGCUUUUGUAAGCGCACAUAGGCCCACAGAGCAUUGUGCCAAUAUGAAAAUAAACCAUAAAAUAGUCUAUUACUGUAAGAAUUUUGCUCUCCUUAGCUAAAUGUCAUUUUCUGUUUGAGAAUGCACAUUUAGAUCUUCUCCUCAGAAACAGGCAGAUCACCAGCUUGGGAUGUCCUCAUUAACACUAUCCUGACUGUUACUCUUGGUAACGUAGUGUAAACUAAUUUAAAAAAAAAAAAUCCUUCUGUUGUCGUCUAAUCACUCAAUAGCGAUUUUAAGAUUGGGUUUAUCAACUUUCCUAUGAUGCCUGAAUGCCCCUGCUAAACUACAGUAGGAAUAUGGUGAGUUCCUGCACAUUGUAGUCAUGUCUGGUAUUGGUAAAGAUGAGGAGUGUUAGUAGGAACUUGCUGGCCUGAAGCCUAAGCCUUGAUAUUUUAAAAUGAACAGCAUGCUGCCAAAUGGUUUCAUAGUACUCUAAUACAUUUUGUCUUUCCAAAUCAAGUUUAACCAUGUCCUGAGCUCAGAUGUAUCAAGAAUAUAUGCACAAAAAUCACUCAUAUGUCACUUCCCACAGUAUUUAUAAUAUUUAUAAUACAGACUGUAUGGUGAGAAGCUGCACAGCGUGCACAUACAGCAAAAGAGCAUAGGCAAAGAGUGUGACGUGGUAAAGCAGAAAUGGAAAAACAACCCUAAACACCUUCUGUAUCUAUAUUAUAGCUGCAAUCAAAGGCACAUAUAUUCAUUUGAAUUUGUUGUCAGUGUGCUGUAAGUUGCCCCAGCUGUUAUGUUUUGGUGAAAUGAUGCUAUUCUGCUGUUCUUUUCAAUGCAAUGUCUUAAGACUGGUGAAGGAAUUCGAGGCGUCGACGUGCAAAUGGUUGCAUCUGUGUCCAGUUAGAGCUCACUGUGGGAGUAGAACCUGCACACAAUGAGAUUUAUCAAACAUGUAAAAGAAUGUAGGGUGGUGCAUAUUUCUGCAUUUGUAUGAACAUUGAAAAUUUGUCUUUAAUCAACACAGAUUUUUUUUAUUAUACAUCUGGCCAGAUAUCCUCAAAUGUAGUCUGAGUUUACAAUGUGUUUAUAAAUUGUGAAAUUUUCCCUCCAUUUUUGUUUUAGAGACUCAAAUUUAAGGAAAUUAUUUUUUGUAUGCCACAUUAAUGCCAUAUUUUUAUUACCGUGAUAUGUUUAUUAAAAAAAUAUUUUGAACCACACCUGUGGGUCAUAUACAGGCCUGUAUAUGUUAAUAAACACAUGCAAUAGUUCUAAGUCCCCAUAUUUUAUGUUUCUUUGUUAAGGUGAAAUAUUUAAGAUCAGCAAAAAUAUUGAAAUUAGGCACAUUCAGCGGUUAAUAUGCUUACAAAAAGUCAGCUAUGUGUACCUACAUUAUUCAGCGAAUGUAUAGAGCCUACAUAGGUGAACAAUUAACAGACCAGUAGUUAUGAAAUACGCUGCUUCAAAUGUGAUUCUUGGGAUAGUCUAAAAGAUGAUGUAGAUGUAUCCCAAACCACAGCAUCUAACAAAUUAUAUAAUUUGUAAUGACAAACUAAAUCUUAACUGAAAAUGCAAAAUGUGAUGUCAGUCAUACUUUUUUUUUUUUUCACCAGAAUUUUACAUCAAAAAGAUGUUUCAUUAGUGGUUGUUGCUUCUGCCACAUUUCACGGCUGGUCAGUCUAUUCUGUAUUCUGUAGUGGUAUUUAAUUUUUUUUAACCCUAUAUUUCUAUUUGUUAUAUUGCCUUUAUGCAAAGUGUUACAUUCAGAUGCAUGGGUAUCUGAGCUCCCACUACUACUUUGAGACAAAAUAUUUCCAUUUCAUAGUCAUUACUAUUAGUUGGUUGCAGACCAAUGAAUACUGAAAAUACUGAAAAGUUUUUUUAGAAGAUACCACUGAUGAUCCUACAAUGUGUACCUUAUCUCCUCUACAGCUCAAGAAAAAAGCACAUUAAGUCUCUUUAUGCCAUAUAAUCUUUAACUGUUCUUUUAAUUUUCGCCUUGAUCAUAUAUUUUUGCUUUUGUGCCAUUUCACCCUGACUUUGAAGAAGACCAGAACAAGCAGAAAUAGGUUUUGUUUCAAAGUGUUAUGAAAAUAUAUUAUUUGAAGUUAAAAUUUACCCUUUUUAUUUUCUGUAGCAUGUAAUGUGUUAAUAUACCUAGUCAAUAAAAAAAUGUACCA